CUUCAUCGCUAAAUGGCGUUCUUGUUCACAGUGGGACACGACGACAGUCAUCGCACAUCUCGUCACUAGCCCGCGGCCAACAGCAGAGGAGCAGCGACAUGCCGGACACUGGCCACGCCGAGGCGUCAUUACGCGACUAUUGGUCGCAACGGUGGAGCACGCAAGACUCGCCUUGGACUCGACACGGUAUCCACGCACUCCUUCGGGACAACGCAGACGCUGUCCUAGCUGGCAAGCGUGAGGGAACCGUGUUCCUCCCAAUGUGCGGAGACGCUACCGAACUCAAGUGGUUCUACGACCAAGGCUUUCGAGUGGUGGGUGUCGAGUUUCUGGAGACAGUGGCUCGUAGCUUCUUUGCCGCCAACGACCUGACGCCCUUGGAAGGCCACUCUAACGUAAACGGCUGCAAGAUCCUGCAAACACCCGACUUAAUGUUGAGCAUCUACAUCUGUGACUUGUACACCUUCAGCAAGGACUGCGAAGGCACCAUGGACAUCGUGUGGGACCGUGGUGGCCUAGUGUCCGUCAGGGAGGAGGACAGAGGCCGGUACGUCGCGCUUCUGAAGUCCCUCUUGGCGCGCAAUUUUUCCUACGCCUUGUACACCACCGAGUACGACGACACCGGUUUCCAAGGUUUUCCGCGGAACGUUUCACUUCCUUUGAUUCGGGAGCUCUAUGGGGAAGACUACGAGAUCACCCAGCUCGGUGUCACCUUCAUCGAGCGCUCUUACGUGAAGACAAAAGUGAUCAAGGAAACGCUCUGGCACCUAAAGAAGCCAAGUUCUCGGAGCUAGCAGUUUGGGACAAGGCAAAUAAACUAAACGAAUAAAUCAGAUAAGAAAAUGGUG